AUGCAAGUUUUAAGAAAAAGAACAGAAGAUUCACAUAGAUCAAGAGGUACUCCUAAAGUGGAUAAUGCCAAGAUCGAGCUUCCCUUAACGCUUCCUAUAACCAUUGAACAACCACAGCAGCUAUCGUUGUCACUUUCUUUAACGAUUCAACAUCAGCGACCACUGCAGCAAUCAUUACAUGUACUACAACUACAGAAACAACAAUUUCAACAAGAACAACAUACAAUUCCCUUCCCAGAAAUUCCAGUAAUAAAUAUGGAAGUUGUGAGUUCGAAUAGAGAUCAAUUUCAACAUAUAUUGGUAUCAGGUACUCCUAACAUGGAUAAUCUCAAGACCGACCUUGACCCUUCCUAUAACCAUGGAACAACCACAGUAGCAAUCGUUGUCACGUACCAUAACAAUUUAACAUUAGCAACAACAGCAGCAAUCAUUACAUGUACUAUAACCACAGUAGCAACUACUGUGGAUAAUACUGGAAGAAUAUUGAAUUUCAGUAACAAGUUUAUGAAGAUGUAG